UCCGCCCUGUUUGGCAUCGGUUGGUUGUGUCCUUCACUUGCUGCUGGUGAGAGUAUCAUUCAGUCUCCGCCCCUCUAUGCGCGUUCCCGUGGCUGUAUAGGACUGAGGCGCGCCCCUGGUUCUUGCUUACAGUCCGUAUGACAGGGAGAAGGCGCUGCGGGUUCGGGGUGCUGCAAGGUGUAAGGGGAGGUACAGAUGGGCCAUGGAAGGCAGGUACCCCUGUCAUCAUAUGAGCAGCACCCGGUGUAAGGCUGCCCCUGUCGGAAGGAGGAGUAGGAGACACAAUAACCCAGCUCUGCAGGCUGACACCAGCAGCAAUAUGGAGUUGAAGACUUGCGGUGUGUACAGUGAAACAAGCAGCCUGGAGGAUAAUGGACAUUAAUACUAUGGGUUUGUGUACUUUCUGCACUCUUUGAGGUUGUUCUUUCAUUGGACUAAACAAUCAGAAAGGCAAUGGCCUUGUUCACCCCUUGGAAACUGUCCUCCCAGAAGCUGGGCUUCUUCCUCGUGACCUUUGGCUUUAUUUGGGGCAUGAUGUUGUUGCAUUUCACCAUACAACAGGGGACUCAGCACGAAAGCAGCUCCGUGCUCCGAGAACAGAUUUUGGAUCUCAGCAAGCAAUAUAUCAAAGCACUGGCAGAGGAAAACAGGAAUGUAAUGGAUGGUCCAUAUGUCGGGACCAUGACUGCUUAUGAUCUUAAAAAGACUCUUGCUGUGCUGCUUGACAAUAUUCUACAGCGGAUUGGCAAACUGGAGUCAAAGGUGGAUAAUCUUGUGAUUAAUGGAACAGGAGCAAACUCUACGAACAGCAGCACCACGGCCAUUCCCAGCACUGGAGCUGGGGAGAAACUAAACGUAGCUGAUAUCAUAAAUGGGGCCCAGGAACAUUGUGAAUUGCCUCCCAUGGAUGGCUAUCCUCAUUGUGAGGCGAAGACCAAGUGGAUGAAAGAUAUGUGGCGAUCAGAUGUUUGCUACUCUAACUAUGGCGUCGAUGGAUCCACCUGCUCAUUCUUUAUUUACCUCAGUGAGGUUGAAAACUGGUGCCCCAGACUGCCGUGGAGAGCUGUAAAUUCGAAUGAAGAAGCAGAUAGAAAGAACCUGGCUGAAAUUCAAACCGACUUUGAAGAUCUUUACAAAGUUAUGGCAAAACAUGAGGAAUUUCGGUGGAUGACUCUGCGAAUCAGGAGGAUGGAUGACACUUGGAUAGAAGCCAUCAAGUCGUUGGCAGAGAAGCAGAAUCUGGAGAAGCGGAAGAGAAAAAAGAUCCUCAUUCAUCUUGGGUUACUGACAAAGGAAUCCGGAUUCAAGAUUGCCGAAAAUGCAUUUAGCGGUGGCCCUCUCGGAGAAUUAGUGCAGUGGAGUGACUUAAUUACAUCGCUUUACUUACUGGGCCAUGAUGUGAGGAUUUCUGCUUCAAUAGCUGAGCUGAAAGAGAUAAUGAAGAAAGUUGUAGGAAACAGAUCUGGUUGCCCUACGCAAGGAGACAAAGUGGUGGCACUUAUUUACAUUGAUAUUGUGGGACUCUCACAGUUCAAAAAGACUCUUGGCCCAUCCUGGGUUCAUUACCAGUGCAUGCUGCGUGUUCUGGAUUCCUUUGGAACGGAGCCUGAGUUUAACCAUGCCCACUAUGCACAGUCGAAAGGCCACAAAACUCCUUGGGGCAAAUGGAACCUUAACCCUCAGCAGUUCUACACCAUGUUCCCUCAUACUCCAGACAACAGCUUCUUGGGUUUCGUGGUGGAGCAGCACCUGAACGCCAGCGACAUCAGACACAUGAAUGACAUCAAACGGCAAAACCAAUCUCUGGUCUACGGCAAAGUGGAUAACUUCUGGAAGGACAAGAAUACCUACCUGGAUAUCAUCCACACUUACAUGGAGGUCCAUGGGACUGUGCAUGAGAAAGGAACCAUUUAUUUGCCCAAUUAUGUCCAGAACCACGGUAUCCUUAGCGGGCGGGACUUGCAGUUUCUCCUCCGUGAAACAAAAUUGUUUGUAGGUCUGGGUUUCCCGUACGAAGGGCCGGCUCCUCUGGAAGCAAUUGCCAAUGGCUGUGCUUUUCUCAACCCCAAAUUCAAUCCACCAAAAAGCAGCAGGAAUACAGAUUUCUUCAAAGGGAAACCAACCCUAAGAGAGCUGACAUCCCAGCAUCCAUAUGCAGAAGUGUACAUAGGGAAACCACAUGUCUGGACUGUGGAUAUUAACAAUCGGGAUGAAGUAGAAAAGGCAGUGAAAGAGAUCCUGAAUCAGAAGAAUGAGCCUUAUCUGCCCUAUGAGUUCACAUGUGAGGGGAUGCUCCAGAGGGUGAACGCCUUCAUAGAGAAACAGGACUUCUGUCACGGGCAGGUGAUGUGGCCACCAUUAAGUGCAAUGCAGGUGAAAUUUGCAGAACCAGGAAAGUCAUGCAAACAAGUGUGCCAAGAGGAGCAUCUAAUCUGUGAGCCUUCUUACUUCCAGCACCUCAACAAGGACACAGAUCUGGCUAAGUUCGGGGUUCAAUGUCAAUCGACAGAAACUGCAAAUGACAUUGUGGUCCCCUCAAUAGACGAGAAAAAAAACCAUUGCGUUCUACAAGGCGACCUACUGCUCUUCAGCUGCGCUGGGUCCCAUUCCAACCACAAACGCAUCUGCCCUUGCAGGGACUAUAUGAAAGGACAGGUGGCGCUGUGUAAAGACUGCCUAUAGCAGAAUGGGAUCCGCGAUGGAUAAGCUAAAAGCAUAUGGAAGCUGCGGGCAAGCUGCCGGUCCUGCUCCACUGGUACGUGUUGUCAUACGGACACUUCCUUUUGCUGCCUUUCUUUAGUGGCCCAAAGAGGACACGUGUACCUGAAGGCUUCACCCCGAAUGUUCAUGUUCCGCGAGACAGAUUUUGCAAGGACUUUACAAAGGGUGAGACUCUGUAGAUCAUGCAGGCCGUGUCAUGCAGAGGUGCAAGGGUUGCGGGAAUGUUGUGAUUCGUACAAAACACUGCAUGCUGUUAGAUCAAAAAAAAUUUGGUGUGGGGCCCCCAGAAAGCCAGCGGCAGUGUAAAGCAUGACUACUAAGCGGAUCUCCCAAGAGGUAACCUGUAAGACAUUUCUGUGCACUAAAUGAUGGCGUUACCCGCCAUACACUCUGCUCCGUCGAGGUAAAAAAAUGGUUAUGUAGAUUAGAUGCAACAAGGCGUUAACCUUCCAUUGUUGUAUUUAUAGGAAUAACGUGUAAUUAUUAUUUUUCUAUUUAAUCUUUCUCUCUGAUCCACACGUCUGAAACUCAACAGGUCCCACCAAGAGAGCAAAGGCUUCUGGGAGCAACCAGUGACCAAAAUCCGUGUUUGUUAUGACCAUAGCAUAGAAUAUAUUUGCUAAUCUCACACAACAGGACAUCAGCGAUCAGUGUAACUAUCUUUGGAUAUAUGGAGUUGCCCCACCCCCAUCCAACCUUCUUGAUUUUGGAUAGGCAUGUCUGUGAGAAAAUGGUGUAUAUAUUCAUCAUACGUGGAGUAUUUUUCUCUAGGUAUUUAUAAUGCUGGAAGGAUGUACAUAUUGUUACUGUUUGGAUACACUAUUUUUUUUCCUGGGGGCUAUUGGGGGUAAAAUCCAAUUUUCUGUAGAUACAGAAAUACCAUCAUCUUCAGGUCCUCCAGCUGCAACUUUCAGUCAAUGGUUUGCUAUUAUUAUUAUUACAUGGGUGAAAGCAGGGCGUGUUGGAAGUAAUCUUAGACAAAGUUAACCCCCCUUUGGAUUCCAAACCUCAGCAUGUGGCUUCCAGAUGGUGCUUUGAGUUGUAGAGCUCAAUGAUUGGAUGGUCCAUGAGACCUGACAUCCACCAAAUAUCCACACAAGCCCACAAAAAUAGGUGGAAAUGUAUUGUUCUUAUUGUGUUUAUAGUUUUUCCAAUGCGUUAUACUAAACUGCAGAAUGGUUUCAUUUCACACUUGGUGCUGCCCCUGAGGUUCUUCGGAGUAAUGUCGGCAAGAGAUAUUUAGUCAGGUUCUCCCUGGUAGUUAAACCCAUUGGUUAAUAAACUCCAGCAUAUGUGUGUGUAUUACGGGCCUGAAAAUUGUCCAAACUUGCCUUUUUCUAUUCCAUGGAAACCAUUUUCUUAGCGAGAUUUAAAAUAUUGUACAUUUCUCCACUAGCAUUCAAAUCAAUCGAAUGGGAACAAUCUCAUUGAAAUAAAAUCUCUGUAUGCUGCCGACAAUGAUAAUUUAAGACAGACUGGGAUUUAUACUGUUGCCAUGACUGGUGUGACAAUGACCUUAAUGUAGAUUUGCUGUGGUGUAUGAUGGGUAUGAAAACCCAGAUGCCACUAGGGCGAGUUUGACAGGAAGCUACAUAUGUAUUGGAGAGGAUUUUAUCAGUACCACAUAUCCCUGUAACUCAGUAGGCCUUGCCCCCCGGUGAAGCUUGGAGCAGUGUUGGGGUGCAGCCUGGAGACUAGUUAGGGUGACACUUGGUAGAAUGGCCAUUUGCUUUCCUUACUACACCAGAGAGCCCAGAAUAAGGUACCCCAGGUGAGAUCUGGGGUAAAUAUGUAUUGGAUGUCCCAGGUAUUUUUGGAACUAUGUCUGAAUUACCCAUAUACCGACAUUUUCCUGUAUCUGUACCCAUGAACUAAUGGGGACUCUGGCCAAAGGCUGGACCUUUACAAAGAGCCUUGAGCAACGGUUGGUCUUUCACAAAGGGCCUUUUAAAAAAAAAAAAAAAAAAAAAAAAAAAAAAAGAUUUAUUUUCCUUUUGACAUAUCCAUAAUUAUGCCUUUGGUUAUUUGUUCUCUUUGCAUUCAGCUUGGGAACUCAUUUAAUGUCUUUGUUUUACAUAGCUAAAGUCUUAUUUCCCAUAGUCUCCCUAAAUAUUAUUCCUGCUCACCCUACAGGGAAGUGUAAUGACUGAAAGGCUAAUUAACAGACCUGAGAGUGGGGUGGGGCUCAUAGGAGUAGUUGGGGUAGUAACUGAGGGGCGGCCCACUAAAGUUUAUUGUAGAGCAGUGCACUGUAAAUGGCCUUGGGAGCAUUCAGGCAGUUCUGGCCUUCACCUUUAAAUGAUUUACAUUUGGUAAUCAGACGGAAAUAUCGCUUCUGAUAAAUGCUGAUGAUUUUUUUUUAUGUUUUAUUUAAAUAUUUUUUUCAGUGAGAAAUUAAUUUAUAAGAAUGUAAAGUGGAUAAUUUCUUUUGUUGUUUUCAAACAUAAUUGGAUGUAAUUGUAGAAAUAUUUUAUCUGUUCUGGGAUUAGAGUGGGAGUAUAAUUAGCUGCUCUGCGCAGAAUUUAUACAAAUUAAUUAUACCCUUAGUUGCUAUGUGGCUCCACCUUCUCCCUUAUGACACACACACAAAUUUAAUGAUAAUUUGGCUCUAGCGCUAUUAAUAAUAUAAUUAAUGGCAAAGCCAAUUAACUCCUCAGCGGAAUACUGGCAGGACCUUGGACUUCUUCCCCAAUUAUUUUCAUUAACCCUUGAUUAAUAACAUGCACAGAGAAGGUAAACCUUAGGGGAGCCUUUUUGAAUCAAGGGACAGAUUUAUAAUUACAAUCAUUAUCACUGCCAUUCUGUAAUGACUGCUUGUAAGCAAGGCUCUCUGUUGGAUUGACUGGCUGUGGUAUGGCUGGUAUGGCAAGGCAAGAUGGCUGUCAUAAAGCAACAUGGUGACAGAGGGAAAAGGUGGCUGCUUUAAAGCAGACAUUAGGGGCAAGAUGGCUUUUGUACAUCAGUAUGAUGACAGUGGGGCUAAGAUGGCUGUCAUAGAGCACAAUAGUGUCAGUAGGGGAAAGAUGGCUGCUAUAGACCAGGAUGGUGUGUAUAUAUAUAUAUAUAUAUAUAAUAUAUAUAUAUAUAUAUAUAUAUAUAUAUAUAUAUAUAUAUAUAUAUAUAUAUAUAUAUAUAUAUAUAUAUAUAUAUAUAUAUAUAUAUAUAUUAGGGUAGUAUGACUAUAUGGAUACAACAAGGACAGUAUGGCAGCUGUAGAACAUAUUGACAGUGGGGUAAGUCUGCUGCAGUAGGAUGGAUGUUGAGAGCUGGAACAAGAUGGCUGCCACAGAGCAAGAUGGAGACAAGAUAGUAACACUGGAGCAAGAUGGCAGCUGUACAUAUACUUAUAAAUAUAUCCAUGUCCCCCAACACCUGCCAGGAACCCUUUCCAUCAUUAACAGUUGAAGUUUUCCAUCUCUGAAAGAAAUGGGCAUUUCCUAAUAAUUAAUAUUUUGUUGCACUGAUAAAUAUUAUAUAAAAUGCUAAUAUAUUUACCUUGUGUUCUCCCUGCAUAAACCCGAGAGAAUGUUGGUUAUUUAACUUGUCAUUGUUUGUCACAAUAAAACUCCUAAAUGCUGUAGAUAGAUACAAAGAAAGCCCAUUUUAGUAUGGAACAUGUACGAUGCACUGUUACACUGCCAAUGGGAACCUCAUUUAUCUCAUAUAUUUAUAUAUGCAAUUUAUUUUGCACAUGUACAAAUAGGAUUUUGUUUGGUCAUUGUCUGGCUCUUUCAUUUAGUGCUUUCAUUUCAUGUUAAUACAGUAAUGUGCCUUUAACUCUUCAGGUUGUUCUGCGCUAUGGGUUCUGUUCCAGUGGAUCUGAUAUCAGUUCUGUACAUUUAUCAAAAUUUGUUGUUUUUUUUCUGCCCAACAGAAUCAAGUUUGCCUGAGAAAUGUCUGUAUUGCUUUCUUAAAGCAAUUAAAAAGCUAAUUAACACAUAUACUUCCUGUGUAUCUACUGCACUUAGUUACAGUGUCUGUCAAAGGUAUCUGGUAUACCAUUUACAAACCUGUAUAUAGAGAAAUGCUCCUUUCUUGUGUUUCCUUUGUACCAGUUUUUGUUCUUGCCACAAAUAUACUUGUGUCACUCACACACGUGCUUCUAAAGAUCUCACUUUUUGGAAACUCUUGGAUUAAUGAUCAAUGGGACCUUUAGGCUUCCACCAAAUGGGGAACUCAGUUGCUUUGUUUCCUAAGACAAGUCACUUUGGUGUUGAAAAUGUUUGAGUAGACUCCAUGCAAAGUCUUUGAGAAAGUGAAUGUGUAGGGCAGAGUUGUAUAUUUCACUAAGUACAGGUACUGGCUAAGUAAAAUAAACUUCACAUAUCUUUACUUAGACAAAACAUGUUGAGGUUAGAGUUGUUUCCAUGGAAAGCCAUUGGGAAUGUUUUAAUGGGAACCAGGGGCAUGUGAGGGUUUUUGAUUCCCAUUUAUCUAGGUAGACUACAGCAGAUACAGUAAUGUACAGGGAUGGGACCCAUUAUCCAGAAUGCUUGGGACCAUAACUUGCAUCUUCAUAUCUUCUACUAUAAAAUAAAAAUAUUACAUAAAUCCAAUAGGAUCAGUUUGCUUCCAAUAAGGAUUAAUUCUAUCUUAGUUGGAAUCAAGUACAAGCUUUUGUUUUAUUAUUACAGAUAUAAUAUAAUAUUUGGAUAUAAUGGGGUCUAUGAGAGAUGGCCUUUCCAUAAUUCGGAGCUUUCUGGAUAACGGUUUCCGGAAAAUGGAUCCCAUACGGGUAUCAUAAUUUUGGUAAAGCAAGUCAUGCUGGGGAUGGAGAUGGAGAUGUUUACGCUUGCUCCAUGCAAAGUCUUUGGGAAAGUUAAAGUGUAAAAUAGAGCUGUAUAUUUAUUGGAUACCAGGGACUUAGCUUCUAGGGCAUGUAGAGGUUGCUGGUGUUCACCUUUAUGGGGAGAAAGUAAUAUAAAUAGUUAAUGUGUAGAGGCAAACCUCUAUAUAUUAAAAUCCAACAGAAAAUUAGGUAAAGAGGCUUGUGGAGUUGCUGGUUUCCUCCCUUCUUGGUAAAGAAAAAGUAAACUUCCCAUAACGCUUCUUUCACAAGUCAUGUUGGAAAUAUCUCCAUGCAAAGUUUUUGGGAUAGUUACUGUGUAGAGGCAAACACAGACCUCAGGGGCAUGUAGGGGUUAUUGGUUUUCCACCCUUCUGGGGAGACGGCUUCAGAUGCAGUAAACUUCCCAUAACUUUUAUAAGACAAUUCAAGUUGGAGCAGGCCUGCAUUUUUUAAUGACAAACAAGGACUUAGUUACACAGGCAGGUAGUAGAGUCCUGCGAGGGUCCAUUUUUUGAAACCCGACCUGAACCUGCAAUUUGAUCUGCAUCUUCCCGCUACUUAACCAAACCUUCCGCCCCAGGGGACAUGAAAAACUGGAAGUGACAUCACAUUUGACCGGAAGUGUCGUCACUCCGGUGCCUAAACCCCUUGUUGGCAACAGAGGAUUUCCAACAGAUGUUGUUUGGAGAUUUUAGCUUUUUCUUAAUUGUGACUUGUCUUUAGAAUAGUCAAGCAAAGUCGUUUAAUAAGAAUAGUUAAAGCUAGAAAGAUUCACCCAAACUGUAUGGGAUAUGAGUCAACAACUAUAAGAAGUUACAGAGGGCCAGCUCUAUAGAUUAGAUUGUUUCUGAGUUGUAUGAGUUUCCACAUGUAAAAAUCAGCCAGAGCUUCAAGGUAUCUUCAAGAAAUCAACCUAUUAGUGUUAUCUGGAACACUCAAUCAACACAUGUCUGGCCCACUAAUUAUAGCUGGCAUAAGAGUCUUGCACUUUGUGGAGAAAAUACUGGUCCUCCAGAUCAGACAUGUCCUAUCUCCAUCAUAUUUUUAUGAUAUGGCUUUACCUUAUGACCUUUAGCCCUCCAACUACAACUUGAGUUCAACAACAUCCUUGCCCACCUCUGCUUCAUGUCUUGUCCUAAGCAGGCCACCAUACUCAAACUAGAGAUUGUUACAAUUUGUAUUGUGUUGCUACUCUAUUGUACUGUAAUGAGGUCUGGAUCCCUGAACAUUUGUAAAUGUCUGAAUAUGUAUGUACCUUUAAUUGAGCUGAAUCAUGUGUUUCCUGUUCUCAUUGUUGUAGAGAAAAAGAGAAAAUUUAGGAAAAACUUUAUAUUUCAAUAAAUCUUUUUUUCUGGUGUAAA